GAUGGUCACGUGGUUUUCUUUGCGUGGCGAACCAUCUCCCUGAACAAUAUUGCUCCAAUACUUUUACUUCAAAUGUUAAAAGUGUGCGUUUGAGCAAGUCGAGUUCUGCUAUCGAGAGUUCCAGUGUUCCACCAAAGUGCAGCUAGGAGUCCCUGCCGGAUUUCCACAGAUGUGACUGACUUAUAUGACGAAACAUGGGGGGAAAAUAAUCACGCGGAGGGAAAGGUAAUAUUUCGGCCGGGGGGCAACGAGCUUCGGCGUGGGCAUUUGCAGACUUUGCUUCGAAGGGGACAGCCUGGGCUGGUCGUCGGGAUCGAGCUGCUACGAUGUUCGCCUGCUGCUCCGCGGAGCUCCGUUGGGGACGGGAACCUUUCGCCGGAUGAUGGACAGGAACUACCCGAGCUCCAGCUUUUCGGACGCGCUGGCUGCACCACCACAGACCGUAGCUUCGUGGGCCUAUGAGCGCGGCUCGGCUACUAUCAAACCAAGUUAUGGCGCAACGCUCCUCGAUGGAGAGCUCCUCCAGCAGCAAAGUUAUGCUUCCUCACACCAGCUUCCUUCAUACAAUACCUUACACGUUCCUGCUGGAGCAGGAACACUCGAGUCAAGCAGCAGCUCUCCUGUGACCUCAGUCAUGAGCUUCCUGACAGCCACCGAGUCGAGAAGUCUUCAGGCUGGUCCUGCUAGUGCCUCAUUGCUUCCUCCUUUUAGACCUCCAUCGUGGCCUACUGGCACCAACACUUCCACCACAGACUUGUACUUGACCAGUGCUUUGCCCUCUACAGCCACUUUUCCCUCACCUGCUGCUCUGUCAUCAUAUCAGCACACAGGUGCCUACGCUUCCAGGAACUAUGCCACCAACGCCUCACUGUCUCUUCAGGAUCCUGCUUUCAGCGCUUCCAACAACGGCCUCUUUUCCCACCACGAUCACUUGCUUCACCUCAAAUCUAGCCAAACUGUGCUUCCCACUGCCCUGGCCUUCAAUCAUCUCUCUGCCUCCCCUCUGGGCUCAGCUCUCCCUGUGCAGUCCUCGACUUACCGCUCAGCCCAGGAGUCAGCGCCCCAUCUCCUGCAACCCCAGUUUAGCCUCCUUCCCUCAGCUCUCCCCUCUCCUCAAGGUGCUGCGCAGCCUUACGGGGCGACAGUUUUCUCCAGCUCUAUUGAAAGAGCUCUACAGCGUGAAUGUAGUGUAAUCAAACACCAUCAGAGGCCUUCUAGUGGCCACGUGCCCUCAGAGCAGCUGCCCAGUUCGGAGCACUCGUUACAGGGAUACUUUGGCUCAAGCGGCGACACAGAUGUGUCUUACCAGCAAGAUCCCCCUCAUCACAGCCCAGUGUCCAGCAGCCCCUCCACAACAGCAAACUCCAGCCAAGGUGCCAGCGGCUCCCCACAACCUAAGAGUGAUUGUGUUGCACAAACGUAUUCAUCCGUAUCAUUACUGAAACCAGGAGACAGCUCCUUCAAACUGGCUCCAUCCUCGGAGAGGAGUAAAGACAUUCGCUCUAUGAGCCUGAAAGCAGGUUCUCCGGAGCAUUACUCCUCCCCCGAUGACAAGCAAAACUCAUUGAUUGCUAAUCAGCAGGCUGUCCAGCUAUCUAACCUAAUAGCUGACAGUUUGCCUCAAACCUAUAUCACAGCACUCACACAGUCCCAGAGCUCACAUUCUACUGCAGAUAAACUCUCCUCUGUUUACACUACUCUGUCUUCCCUCUCAAGUCACUCAGAAAACAUGGCUUCUGUCGGCCCAAAUCUGGCUUACUCGUCCAAUCUUGGCCAGGAAGUUCAUUAUGGAACCCAUGUCCAGACUUUGUGUCAAGAUGGUUCCGCUGGAAGAUACCCCACAUCCCACUCUCAGGAUGCAUCCAGUUUUAAUUUUACAUCUCAGGAGCAGUCUUUAGCUUCCCAGUCACAAAGCUUCUCUUCGGGACAGUCCCUGAACUCAUCAUAUCCACUAACGUGUGGGCAAUCUCUCCCCACAUCAAAUUCGACUAUGGACUUUAGUGGUGUGCAAGAUUCAAAAGCUCAUAGCGUUUUAUCCCAGACACAGACCCAAAAUGUUUUGUCAUCCCCAUUACCUACAUACUCCUCAACUCAAACCUUACAAAAUGGAAUUAGCUCCUCCGGACAGGACAUAAAGCCAACGCACGGCAAAGAAAAAAUGGAAGCGCUUCCCUUCCAGGACAUGGAGGCUCUACGGCAGACUUCCAUGGUUUCUAACAGUCUGGCCUCUCAUAAUAUCGUUUAUGUGGUUUCAAAAAUAGACGAACAGAAGCCACAAAGUGUUAUUCGAAGUAACUCGUGUGAUGAACACCUCAUGGGACUAAAUCAAUCUAAUGUAGCAGAAGCAAAGGAUGAACUGAUGUGUUCCGUUAGCCAAAACCAAAUACAUUUAAGCAGCAGCAAUGGCCAUCAAGCUAUCAACACAAAGCCCUCAACCUCCAUUAUUGUGCCCUCACUUUUACCCCUUUGCCCAGAGCAGCUCAAGCAGCCCCCUCCUCAGCUUCAACCAGAGCUACAUCAGCAAAACCAACAGACUCAAAGCCAAAACCUGGCAGUGCACACACAGUUCAUCACCGUCCCCAGCAAUAAGGUUCUUCUCGAGUCCAGUCAGAUGAUUCUGGUCCAGCAGCCUCUGGUUCACCAGACUCAGAAUAACUCAAAGCUGAUAUCUUUGCAAGGCUUCCAGCCUGCUCACAGUUUGGGUCCAGUCCACGUUCAAUACCUUCAUAUGGAUCGAGACCUGCUCGGACACAGUAUUUCAGAACCGCAGGGCCAACAGGGGACCAUAGUGUCUGAGCCGAGCUCAGAAUGCUUGUCUGCUAAAAACCACUGCAGCCAAGCAGCACAUCAGCAGCCAGCUGAUGUCAAGAACCACUUUGCUCUCAAUUCCAUCUGCUUCCCAGAAUCCAUGCUGCUGACAGAUGACAGAAGCAUUCUGUCAAAUGUUGACGACAUCCUGGCUGCUACGGUAGCAGCCUGCGGCGUCACGCCUCAGGACUUCAAAGCCGCAACCUCAGCGGAGGCUGACAUGACGGCGAUGUCGAGUUCUGUUGACUCCAAAAGACAUCUCCAGACGAUUGAUAUGAGGCAAAUGUCUGCUGGUUUUUCCUCAGCACAACAAGCCGUCAUGGCCAAUACGAACUCUCACACCGUCAGCAUAUCUCUAAACGGGGAUCAGACAACUACUGACUGUCAGCACCAACCAGUUCACUCCAAAAGCACUGCUGAACUUGAAAUAAAUGGGGAUGGGAAGAGCUCUGAGAGGGGAUACAGCUCAGAAGACCAGGUGUUUGACUCUGUGGUUGACCAGAACAAGGCUAAAGAGAAUCCCAAUUGUGCUGAAACUGAAAAUAAAUUCAUGCUAUGUCCAGAUGGUGACGACUCCACCAAAAAGAAGGCUCGUUCAAAAUCCCAGACCAAACCAGGAUGUCCUGAAGAUGAGGGGGGAUUGGCAAGACCUGUCAAACGCAGCGGGCAAACAAAGCGGCAGAACUCCAAAGGAAGUGACGUCAGCUCACCAACCGGCGCGCAAAGUAUGUAUGAAGGUUGUCCCCAACAAGAGAGGAUCCGGCAGAAGAUUCGGGAAGUGGAGGAGAAGCAACCAGAGGUCAAAAGUGGCUUCAUUGGCUCCUUCCUGGACUUUAUCAAGUCUGGCCCCAAGCAGCAGUACUCUCAGAACCCGAUGAGAACGGUCAGUCGCCCAAGAAAACCCUCCACCUCGUCCAAACCGAGCACUUUGACAGUUUUGCCCUGCAAAGUCCAGAGUCUGCCUGGACCUCUACUUCCUCAAGAGAGUCCGGCUCUGAGCUCGCAGCAGAAACGCCUGGAGGACGACCUGCAGAAGAACUUGGAGACACUGCCAUCCUUCAGUUCAGAUGAGGAGGAGAGCACUGGGAGGAACCAGGCUCUGAGGAACAGCAUCACCUCAGCAUUGUCGUCUCUGGAUGAAGCCUCAGAUCGUAAAACAAGGACAGAUAACCAAAUUCACAGCUUGAUGAUGAGACAGGACCACGUUCCCUCCGUAUCACACGCCGUCGCUCACGCCUGCUUGCCGCAAAUCUCCUCUCCAGCUCCGGUAACAACCUCAGUCUCGGGAAGAACUGCGUUUGCGGCCAAAGAUCAGCACGCCGUGACCCCCACUGGCCAACUGGCGAUGCAGCUGCCAGCUGUGGCUGUAGAGGGACUCACGGACGAGGAGCUGUCCGACAGCGGGGGAGAGGGCAUGUAUCGGGAGAGAGACGAGUUUGUCGUCAGGAAUGAAGACAUCGAAACCUUGAAGGAGACGAUGAAGGCUGGCAGUGAACCACCAGCCAUUUGGAAAGUGCAGAAGGCUCUGCUGCAGAAAUUUGUGCCGGAACUAAGAGAUGGGAAAAGAGUUUUUUCUGCCACAAACAGUUACCUUGGAUACUUUGGUGAUGCCAAGACCAUGUACCAUCGAGUGUAUGUGAAGUUUUUGGACACGGUUAACAAAAGGGAAUACGUGCGCGUUUGUAGUCGAAAGCCUCGCUGUAAGCCGCUGAGCUCGCUGAGAGGAGUUCAAGUAAAAACCCUUCUGGGCUUGACGGCUCCGGCUUCUUCUGUGAUCCAGAGCCAAAAGCCCAGAGUCAAACAAAUCAAACCAAAGGCAGAACCACCUCCCAAGAAGAGAAGAAAAUGGAAGGAAGAGUUUUCCCAGACUGCAUCUGGAUCAUCUGCUGAAGAUGAUGAGUCAAACUCCACACUUUCAUCACGGUUCCUCAAAACACGAACCAUGAAGGAGACAUUCAGGAGCUUCGUGGAGCUCCUCAUCAGCAUCGCUUUAGACGAAGAUGUGAUGACAGCACUUGAAAGAGCAAAUGAUGAGUUGCUGCUGCCGCACAUGAAAAGAGUGGACGGUUUGAUCACUGACAACAGGAAGCGUCUGCUCCACAAACUUCACCUCGGUCAAGUCCUGAAGAUGGCCUUGGACAGCUUUCCAGAGAUCUCAGUGGUGACUGAGUUAAAGAAGGACGGGGAAACUCCAGCUUUUAAGGUACGCCUUAGUGGAAAGGCCUACAACAAGAAGACUAUGAAGCCUCACAAAGUGCCGAGCAAAGUUCCCCAGGAGUACACGGUGGACCAGCAGAAAACUCAGUGGUUCUCCCUGUACCACUCCUUGCAGCAUUACAAAUACCACACAUACCUCAUGUGUAAGGAUGAGAUUGCAUCUCUGCGGGUUCAGACGGGGGACCUGGGGCAGGAGGAGACUGUGAAGAAGUGUCUGGAGAACGGAGCGUGGGUAGAGGGGCUCUUCGAUCGUUUCGGAGAGCUAAUCAAUCAGGUGCAGCAGGUCUGCAGAUGAUUCAGCGUUGGCUCACACGGAUCUGAAAAAGUGGGAGAGACGGAACGACGAAAACAAUAAAAAAUGUUGUGCUUAAAGACUUCUCCAUCGCCAUGGCAACGGGAACGAUUUCCUCUUCUCCAGCCACUCAGUGAUGAAAAAUCUACUUUUUCUACUCUCUCCCAACACCUGACGUCCGCAGAAAGCAGUUAACUAACAAAAACUUUAUGUUGGAAUAUUUCCAGAUUGUGCAUCUCCUAGUCAAGGUAGAUUUGUUAAACUUUUUGCAAAGAUUAUUAUUUUUUUUAUGUUAGGUAUCUAAAAAUACUUUAGGGACAAACUAUAAUAAUAGGAAAUGGAGCACAGUAAGUCUGAAUGCCUUCUGUUUUUAAUCAGUUUCCUUGUGUUAUUUCAACAAACUCAAAGAGUUGAUUGACUGUACAGAGAAUCUAUACGUAAUACAUAUCUGUAGUUGCAGACGUUUUGUAGAACAGCCAUCAUUUUGUCAUGGACUGCCAGCUCUUGUAUAUGAAAUGUACAUUUUGUAUUAAAGUUAAAAAGGGGGGUUUUCUUGGGGAACUGAGCUUGUGCAAGCUGCAGUCGGACGUAAACGCAUCAAACCCUCUGAUGCUUUUAAAUCAAUCACUGCAGUUUUUCUGCUGUUCAUAACCAGAGUCUUAGGAUAAUAUGUGAAUCUUUAUAUUACUUUAUAUGCAUAGCACAUUUUUAUGACAAGUAUCUAUUUUUCUCAGAGCUUAAAUAUUAUUUUUGUUCGUUUCUAAAAAGCAUUUUUUCAUAGUCUUUUCACAGUUCUCCACAGAUGGAUUUUUGAGUCGAUUUCAAGUUUUAUGAUAUCAAAAGUGAUUGUUCUUUAAAAAAUGCAGUUUGUAAAUAAAAUGUCAUAUACUA